GUUCAGAUCCACAGGCAGCAGCGCGUCGCCAGCAGUUGUUGUGAAGCAGGAAAUUGUGGGCAGGACAAAUGAAAGAGAAAAUGAAAGCAGCAGCGGCCGUGGCAGUGAUACAGCUGAAAUCCAGGAUACACUGAGAUGUCCAAGCAUUCCACAAUGCAAAAGUGAUACAGCAAUCAAAAAUCAAUUCAACCAAAACACAAUAAGUCACUUUCCAACAUGCAUCUCUUGCUUUUCUUCUCGCUCCUUCUGAAGUUACAGUUUUGCAUCCAGGCUUCUGAAAGCAACAGUGCCGGUGAUAAUUUGGCAACGAAUGGUCUUCCUUUUCCAUGGAGUAAAGUCCGUCUGCCUAACUACAUCGUGCCUGUCCACUACCAUUUACUUAUUCACCCCAAUCUUACAACCCUGACGUUUAAUGGCACUGUAAAGAUUGAAAUCGAUGUCAAAAACAACACGAACUGGGUGGUCCUACACAGCAAGAACCUUAAGAUCUUCACAGCCACUGUACUGGAUGAGGCCGAGGUUCACCUGUCAGAUAAAGUGCUACCUGUGCUUGAAUAUCCUCCACAUGAACAGAUCGCCAUCUUCUCUCCAAAGAUUUUGACCUCGGGUGAAAAAUAUUUUCUUUAUUUGGAAUUUGGUGCACCGUUGGGCGAUGGUUUUUAUGGAUUUUAUAAGAGCACCUAUAGGACGAAAGGAGGAGAAACGAGGGUCCUGGCAUCCACUCACUUCGAACCUACAUCUGCCCGAAUGGCAUUGCCGUGUUUUGACGAACCCAUUUUCAAAGCCAACUACACAGUCAGGAUACGGAGAGGACCCUCACACAUAUCUUUAUCAAACAUGCCAUUAGAACAAACUGUGGAAAUUGGUAACGGCCUGUUUGAAGAUCAGUUUGAAGCAAGUGUCCGGAUGAGUUCCUAUCUGUUGGCUUUCGUUGUUUGUGACUUCAAAUCUGUUAGUGGGCAAACUAAAACUGGAAUAAAUAUCUCUAUUUACGCAGUUCCAGAGAAAUGGCAUCAGACGCAAUAUGCCCUUGAUGCCGCUGUGAAACUUUUGGAGUUUUACGAAAAAUAUUUCAACAUACUAUAUCCGCUGCCGAAACUGGAUCUGAUAGCUAUUCCAGAUUUCCAGUCAGGUGCUAUGGAGAACUGGGGUUUGACUACAUACAGAGAGACGUCGCUCCUGUACAACCCUGACAUCUCAUCAGCAUCUGAUAAGCUUUGGGUUACCAUGGUGAUAGGACACGAGCUCGCACAUCAAUGGUUUGGAAAUCUGGUCACCAUGGAGUGGUGGAAUGAUAUUUGGCUAAAUGAAGGCUUUGCACGCUACAUGGAGUUUGUCUCAGUUGAGGCGGUAUAUCCAGAGCUUAAAGUUGAGGAUCAUUUCCUAGACACCUGUUUCGGAGCCAUUGGACGUGAUUCUCUAAAUUCAUCCAGGCCCAUUUCCAGUUUGGCCGAGAAUCCAACCCAGAUAAAAGAAAUGUUUGAUACUGUGUCCUAUGAUAAGGGAGCGUGUAUUCUUCAUAUGCUGAGGAAUUUCCUGACAGAUGAGGGCUUUCAGACUGGCAUCAUCCGGUACCUCAGGAGAUUCAGAUACAGCAAUGCCAGAAAUGAAGACCUGUGGGACAAUAUGAUUAAAACGUGUUCUGAAGAGGAUUUUACCGCAGGGGAAUACUGUUACACCAGCGCGCAAGCCUCCAAAAAUGCGUAUGGUUUUGCUGGUGAACAUAUAGACCUGAAGCAAAUGAUGUAUACAUGGACUCUACAGAAAGGCAUACCGCUGGUGACCGUGAAGCGCCAGGGAAGGAAACUAUAUAUUGGGCAAGAGCGCUUCUUAAAAAUUGUCCAGCCCAAUGAUCCUUUAUGGCAUUCAAUGCAGACCGGCUUUCUGUGGCACAUCCCAUUGACGUAUAAAACAAGCCACUCGGAUCAUGAAAUCAAACACAUCUUGGAUAAAAAAUCAGAUGUGUUGAUUUUGGAUGAAGAUGUUGAAUGGGUGAAGCUGAACACCGACAUGAAUGGAUACUACAUUGUCCAUUACGAUGAGGACGGCUGGGACGCUCUGUCAGAGCUCCUACGAGUAAACCACACCGCUUUGAGCUUCAAGGACAGAGCCAAUCUCAUUCAUAACGCCUUUCAGCUGGUCACUGCAGGGCGACUGUCACUUGACAAAGCGCUGGAUCUGAUCGGUUACCUCAAAUCCGAGACCCACAAUGUACCUCUCCUGGAAGGGCUUGGAUAUCUACAGUCGUUCUACAAACUGAUAGAAAAGAGAAACAUAGCUGAUGUUACUUACGAUCUUAAGAGCUACAUAUUGCAAUAUUUCGGAGAUGUGAUUGACAGGCAGUCCUGGACUGAUGAUGGGACGGUCUCAGAUCGCAGACUUCGUGAAGAUGUCCUUUCUCUGGCGUGUGAUUUUGGUUAUCCUCCAUGCGUGGCAAAGGCUAAACAACUUUACGAUGGCUGGGUGAAAUCCAACAGUACACGCAGCUUGCCCACUGAUGUGUCUGAGACAGUCUACAUGAUCGGAGCUCAGGAUAACAGCGGCUGGGCCUACAUCCUGGAAAAAUACAGCAUCUCAAUGUGUGAAACAGAGAAACGCAAAUUUCUCUCCGCUUUAUCAAACACCAGGGAUUCGGAAAAACUGUCAAGAUUAUUGAAACUUGGAUUUGAUGGAACUGUGAUAAAAACACAAGACCUACCUUCACUUAUAUACAUGGUAGCUAGAAAUCCAGUAGGUCAUUUUCUAGCGUGGGACUUUGUGAAGAAACACUGGAAUGAACUUGUGGUGAAGUUUCCACUGGGAUCAUUUGGGAUCAGAAACAUCAUUGUUGGCACUGUAACUCAAUUCUCUUCAGCAGAGGAGCUGAGAGAGGUCAAGGCUUUUUUCGAGACAAUCACAGAGCAGGUAUCUCAGCUACGCAUCACUCAGGUGGCCACGGAGAAUGUUGAGAAGAACAUUUUGUGGCUCACAAGGAACUUGGAGACCAUGAGGUCAUGGUUGCAGAAAAGACUCUAUUAAAACUGAACUAGAGACCAAAAUCUCAGCUGAGGAUUAAAAUUUAAGGUGGAACAAUGUUUUAUUGUUGAGUUUCACAAAACUCCACAUGACUUUUCACAACUGUUUUUUGUUUCACAAAUGGUAUUUUCUUUGGUUUUUAUCUUGAGUUUAUAUUUUGAUGUGAUUUUGUAAUUGGUUGCAUAAUGCAUGACUUUUUUUGCUUUUAUGGUUUGAUAGAGGUGUUUAAAAAUAUGCUCUUCUGUUUUUUUGGGGUUUUGUGCUCUUUUGUCUGGUUGGUCUCUUGACAGCUAUGCCGCAAUUUUUUUAACUAAUGUGAAAUGAUGAUUGACUAUGAAUCUGUGGCGUAAACCUAUACUUGAAGUUGAGAAUGAAGAAUGUAUUGAGAAUGAGGUUUGGAUAAAGAAACAAAAUUGCUUCA